AUGCCUCCCCGCACCUCUGCCCGCAGAAAGGCACAAGUUGUAGCUGAGACCAAGGUCGAAGAGACGGCGACGAUAACCACCAAGACGAACGGGACCAAGGGCACGACCGUGGCGGCAACAAAAUCCAAGACCACGACAUCCAAUAAACCUGUCUCGAAGCGUAAGGCGGCGUCGGACGACGAGCACGAGAGCUGCGGGAGUUGCGCCGAGAAGGAAGAAGAAGAGAAACCCGCCAAAAAGCGGAAGACUGCGCCCAAGGGCAAGGCGAAGAAGGAGGACGACAUGCCGCUGGCGGACCGGACGGCGGUGUCUUCUCUCAAGAAGGCGAUGUACAUUGGUGCGCAUGUGAGCGGUGCUGGCGGCGUACAAAACUCUAUCCAGAAUGCCCUUAAUAUCGGCGCCAACGCCUUUGCACUGUUCCUGAAAUCACAGCGGAAGUGGGUGAGCCCUCCGCUGGCAGCGGAUGCGAAGGAGCAGUUCGUCUCCCUGGCAAAGGACAAUGGAUACGACGCCGCCGCCCACGUCCUCCCCCACGGCUCAUAUCUUGUCAACCUCGCUCAGGCGGACGCCGACAAAGCGAAACAGGCGUACACAAGUUUCAUUGAUGACCUCAAGCGGUGUGAGCAGCUGGGCAUCAAGCUGUACAACUUCCACCCUGGUAAUACGGGAGGCGCGUCGCGUGAGGAGGCGUGCGGGCGUAUUGCGGCGCAGCUGAAUAACGCACACAAGGCCACGAAGAAGGUCAUCACAGUGUUGGAGAACAUGGCGGGCGCGGGGAAUGUCAUUGGCACCAAGUUUGAGGACCUGAAGCAGAUUAUCGACAAGGUCGAGGACAAGGAACGGGUUGGUGUGUGCAUUGACACCUGCCACGCCUUUGCGGCAGGUUACGACCUGAGGACGCCCGAGAAGUUCCAUGAGACGAUGAAGGAGUUCGAUGAGGUCGUCGGCAACAAGUAUCUCAUGGCAUUCCAUCUCAACGACAGCAAGGCCCCCUUUGCAUCCCACCGCGACCUACAUGCCAAUAUCGGCACAGGUUUCCUCGGCCUGCGCGCCUUCCACACGCUCGUCAAUCACGAGCCCUUCCAGAACCUCCCCAUGGUCCUCGAGACGCCCAUCGACCGCAAGGACGCCAACGGCAAGACGGUCGAGGACAAGAAGGUGUGGGCGGACGAGAUCAAACUGCUGGAACGGCUGAUCGGCAUGGAUGCUGAAGGCAACGAGUUCAAGGAUCUCGAGGAGGAGCUGCGAGGCAAGGGCGACGGCGAAAGAAGCAAGAUUCAGGACCAGGUCGACCGCAAGGCGGAGAAGGAUGCGAAGAAGGGAGCCAAGGGGGCGAAGAAGGGGGCGGCGGGGAAGGGGAAGAAGAAGGUUGAGACUGAUGAUGAGAGUGAGUAA